AUGGCGUCGCCGGCAUGCUGCUGCGGUGACCACGAAGGCUGGGGACCUGUGUCCCAGAAGCGGGCCUUUGACCUCACGCUCUGCUUCGAGGAAGGCAUCAUCCUCUCCACGAUCCUCGUGUUCUUUAUACUAUUGGGCGCAUUCAGGUGCUGGACUAUCAAGGCAUGGGAAGCACACCAGAGAAGCCGCAAGAGCAUUUGGAUGCUGCGGGUUAAGUUGGCGUUUCUCUCUGUCGCGUGCGCUACUAGCUUCGCCAACUUUGUUUUCGUGCUAGCCACGCACGCGCCUGUCGCUCUGGUUCAGACCUACAUCCUCGAGGUACUAGCGUUGCUCGUGGCACCCAUAUUGACCUACUUCAAUCACUCUCGCACGCGCUCAUCCUCGACACCUCUGUUACUCUUUUGGCCGGUCUACAUCCUCAGCCUUGUAGUUUGGGGCCGCACGAUAAUCCUUCUCUCCACAUCAAAGCUCGUGCCCGUUCUAGCGCUCAAAUGCGUCGUCGCGAUUCUUGGGCUCGCAGCCUUCGGGCUGGAGUCUCUCGGCACGGAGUUUACACCAGAGGACUGCCCGUCCGGGGCAACCGACGAGAAGGGGCACGUCGAGAGCCCGCUGUUGACUGCAAACAUCUUCAGCAUAUGGACGUUCUCAUGGAUGUCGGAUCUUAUGAAGAAGGGUGCAUCGACGUACAUCACCGAGGAUGACCUGCCAUCACUCAUUCCAAGUGACGAGUCCGCGAACCUUGGACGGCGUUUGCAGAAUACACGCAAGAAGCACAAGGGAUUGUGGACUUCGCUCUUCACCGCAUAUGGUGGUCCCUACGCAUUCGCUGCCUUCUUCAAGCUCACACAAGAUUGCUUGGCCUUCCUGCAGCCGCAACUCCUUCGAUGGCUGCUUGCAUACAUUUCCGAAUAUCAAAGCGCGCGUUCCUCGGGAAGAGAACGUCCAAGCACUGUAGAAGGCUUUGCGAUUGUGAUCAUCAUGUUCACGGCGUCGAUCGUACAGACCAUCAUCUUGCAUCAGUACUUCCAACGCUGCUUCGAGACCGGCAUGCGUGUGCGCGCUGGGCUAGUGACUGCCAUCUAUCAGAAGGCAUUGGCUCUCUCGAACGACGGCCGUAGCACAGCGUCAGGUGACAUUGUUAACCUCAUGUCGGUGGAUGCGACGCGUCUACAAGAUCUAUGCACUUACGGGCUUAUCGCUAUCUCGGGGCCGUUCCAGAUCACUCUGGCCUUCAUCUCUCUAUACAACAUCCUCGGUUGGUCAGCGUUUGUUGGCGUUGCGAUCAUGGUGUUCUCCAUCCCCCUGAACACGCUCAUCGCGCGGUAUAUGAAGAGGUUACAAGAGAAGCAGAUGAAGAAUAGGGACCACCGAACGCGUCUAAUGAGCGAGUUGUUGGCGAAUAUCAGGAGUAUCAAGUUAUAUGCUUGGGAAAACGCGUUCACGCGCUGGAUUCUGUCGGUACGGAAUGAGCAGGAGCUGAGGAUGCUCCGUAAGAUUGCCGUUGUUGCAUCCUUGAACACGUCCAUGUGGACUGGUGUUCCGCUUCUAGUCGCCUUCAGCUCGUUUGCGGUCGCGUCCGCGACAUCGAAGACGCCGCUGACGUCCGAUAGAAUCUUCCCGUCUAUCUCACUAUUCAUGCUACUCAAUUUCCCACUCGCCAUGGUCAGUCAAGUCACCUCGAACAUCAUUGAAUCACUCGUGUCAGUCAGGCGGCUUUCUGAUUUCCUCGCCACGGAAGAACUGCAACCCGACGCACGCGAGAUGAAGACCGAUGUGCAGCUUGAGCUCGGUGAUGAAGUCUUGAGAAUUACGAAUGGAGAGUUCUGCUGGAACAAGGACGCUCCUGUACCCAUCCUCGAGGACAUUAAUCUGACUGUAAGGAAAGGGGAGCUCGUAGGUAUUCUUGGACGUGUCGGAGCUGGAAAGACGAGUCUGCUGUCAGCGAUCAUUGGCGAGAUGAGGCGUACCGAAGGAGAAGUCAAGCUUUCGGGUUCGUUAUCAUAUGCGCCGCAGGAUCCAUGGUAUGUGAUCAUGAGCGCUUCCAUCAGAGAUAAUAUUCUCUUUUCGCAUGUUUUUGACGAAGAAUUCUAUGACCUCGUGCUAGAUGCCUGCGCACUCAGGCAGGAUCUGGCUCUGCUGCCGAAGGGUGAUUUGACAGAAGUCGGAGAGAAGGGUACUGGUGGACAGCGCGCGAGAGUGGGCCUCGCGCGUGCAGUAUACGCUAGGGCCGAUCUUGUUAUAUUAGACGACGUGCUUUCUGCUGUGGACUCUCAUGUCGCGCGCCAUGUAUUCGAUCAUGUCAUUGGUCCCCAAGGUCUUCUCGCCACGAAGGCUAGGAUCGUUGUGACUAACAGUAUCCAUUUCUUGAAGCAGUUUGAUCACGUCGUAUACAUCCGUAGAGGCAUUAUUCUCGAGCAAGGCGCAUACAGUGAACUGAUCAGUAAUCCCGAAAGCGAAUUCUACAAGCUCUUAAAAGGGCAUGGGAAUCCGACAGCUUCUGGAAUGUCCACCCCAUUCUUCAGAGAGUCGGCAACGCCGUCUUCUGGAGGAGAAACGGCAGUGGAGCUUACGGACGAUCUGAUCGAAGUAAAGCUACAGACAGUAGACAGCAAGCUGACCCGACGUAAGAGCUUCGGGAAAGCAACGCUUGUUGACAGUCUCCCAAUUCGCACCGUCUCUGAUGGGGCCACGAAAGAGUACAGCGAACAUGGUCGAGUCAAGAUAGAUGUCUACUUGCAGUACAUCCAGGCCGCAUCGAAAGCCGGAUUUGCAUUCUUCGUUCUGUCGAUGAUCCUGCAGCAGAUCACGGCGGUUGCGGGGAACAACACGCUUCGCUCUUGGGGAGAGCACAACUUGAACGUUGGAGCCAACCGGGAUGCGUGGAAGUACCUCCUUGUGUACGGACUGUAUUCGUUAUCGUCGACUCUGCUCGGAACGGUUGGCGCGAUCCUAAUAUGGGUGCUGUGCUCCGUAAGGACCUCCAAACGCUUGCACGACUCGAUGCUCCAUGCUGUAAUGCACGCUCCGCUGAGUUUCUUUGAAUUGACUCCCACCGGACGGAUUCUGAACUUGUUCUCGCGUGAUAUCUACGUCGUCGAUCAAAUCAUGGCUCGGGUCAUUCAAGGAACAGUGCGGACAACGUGUACGACUGCUAUGAUCCUCUUCGUUAUCGGAUAUAGUUUCCCGCUCUUCCUCGUCGCAGUCCCCCCUUUAGCUUGGUUUUAUCUCCGAGUGAUGAUCUAUUACCUCUCGACAUCACGCGAGCUGAAGCGUCUCGAUGCUGUCUCGAAAUCGCCGAUCUUCGCAUGGUUCUCGGAGUCGCUCAAUGGCGUGUCGACUAUCCGAGCAUUUGACCAACAGCAAGUGUUCAUCUCGAAUAAUGAACGUCGAUUGGAUCGCAACCAGAUUUGCUAUCUUCCUAGCAUCUCGGUGAACCGGUGGCUCGCAGUGAGACUUGAGUUUGUAGGCGCAACCAUUAUCUUCAUCGCCGCGACGUUGUCUUUGGUAGCUCUCGUUACAAGCGGCGUCGACGCGGGUCUGGUCGGAUUUGUACUGUCUUAUGCAUUGAACACAACUGGGUCUCUGAACUGGCUCGUGCGCUCUGCUAGUGAGGUCGAACAAAAUAUCGUCAGCGUCGAACGCAUUCUGCACUACAUCCAGCUGGAACCCGAGGCCCCUGAUGAGAUACCAGGCACUGUGCCUGAGAAAUGGCCUUCGAAGGGAGAAAUUGAGUAUCGAGAUUACUGCGCUCGUUACCGCCCUGAGCUUGACCUUGCCUUGCAAGACAUCAGUGUCAAAAUUAAUCACAGCGAAAAGGUAGGAAUUUGCGGUAGGACAGGGUCAGGGAAAUCAACGCUUCUCCUUUCCUUGUUCCGCGUUAUCGAGCCUGCAUCCGGCACGAUCUACGUCGAUGGUGUGGACAUUACAAAAGUGGGGUUACAUGAUCUGCGUUCCGCAAUAUCCAUUGUGCCCCAGAGCCCAGACCUAUUCGAAGGGACGAUUCGCCAGAACAUCGAUCCUACAGGUGCAUACCAAGAUGCCGACAUUUGGGUCGCGCUUGGUCAGGCACGCCUCAAAGCGUUUAUUGAGUCAUUGCCCGAAGGGCUCGAUGCAUCGGUGCGAGAAGGAGGAUCGUCCAUGUCUGCUGGGCAGCGCCAGUUACUGUGCUUCACACGGGCUCUUUUGCGCAGGUCGAAGAUCCUAGUCCUCGACGAAGCCACAUCCGCUGUCGAUUUGGAUACGGACAAAGCUAUUCAGGAGAUCAUACGUGGACCAUUGUUCGCUGAUGUGACCAUGCUGACAAUCGCGCAUAGGAUCAACACCAUCAUGGAAUCGGAUCGAGUUUUGGUACUGAGCGCGGGAAAGGUCGCCGAGUUCGAUGAACCCCAGAAGCUGCUCGCCAACAAGCAGUCUGCGUUCUACUCGUUAGCAGCCGAGGCAGGCUUGGCUUGA